GCAGCAGAAACAAUUUUAAUCAUUCCCAAACGUACGAUUCUUUCUAUUCUUCAGUGGUGUGUAGACCUCUAUUCGAUUUGGCCCCUUUGGACAUUUGCUCGUUCAGCUCUUAAAAGCUAUCAAAAUUUUAGAAAAUAUCAGAGUACAAAAAACCCUUCAGACUUGCGAUUGUUCUCACUAUCAAGACCCACGAUGUGCAACUACCGCAGCCCGCGCAGCCUUAAGCAGAUUCCCUACGCCUGUCCGCACUGUCCGGUGCGGGCCAUAGCCAGCAGCUAUUCGAUGCAGCGAAGCCUCAACUACCGUGACGCCGCUGGGUGCCAGUGCCUGGCGGACAAGAGCAGGCCUUACCCCAACCAGUGCGACACGCUGCCCGAUAAAUGGCUGGAGCUGAACUGUAAGCUGAUCGCCACGUUGGCCGUGCAGAUGCAACGCUCCACGCGGACCAUACACUACAUGCUGCUGCGCCUGCUUCACGCCAACUACUCCGGUCUCUUGCAGAUCGUGCGGAGGCGACGAGCGUACAAGGUGCAGAUAAGUGGCUAUCCGGAUGCCCUUUUCUCCACCUUCUCUCUGUUCAACGAUGAGGGGUAUGUCUCCCUGCCAAUGGCUCCGGAGACUAUCGGGAAGCUGAUGCGCAUGAUGCAGGACUAUGUGUUCCAAAUGCAGCUGCUGAACCACCAGUACAAGUGGUUCAGGAACGGACAGGACCAGGGCGACCUGGUGGGCCUGCUGGGGCAGCAGGACGAGCUGCUGAAGCUGCUGCGUGGCACCUUCAGGGACAGCGACUCGUUGUUCAUCAGGUGUCUGCUCACGGCGCUGCUCGAUUUGGAUCUGUUUGUCGUCUUCGGCAAGGGGACGUUGAAUCGAAAGCGCUCCAGCAUGAUAAGGGGCAUCUCGGAGCUGUACGCUGGUGUAGCGGGACCCCAGAAACCCCAUCGCCCCCCAUGUAAAGGUGUUGCAAAGAAGAUCGUAAAUCCCCCAUGGUUUUCGGCAUAUAAAACGGCAGACCCGGAGACCAGCAACAGAAGUGUGGUCGAGCUAACCACAUCCAAGCCUUCGCGACAUAAUCAUAGCUAUCUUGCUACCGAGCUGCGUAAACUCUUCAAGGAACACUUGGAUACCAAAAGGGCUCCGUCGGAAACGUGUAGCGUGCUGCCCAAGAGUUCCGUCUCGAAAGGCUUUAUUCUGCCGACCCAGUAAGACCGGAAAAAGGACGAAGCA